AUGGCUCAGGUGCUGUUGGACAGCGACGGGCUGCCUUGCGUGGCAGCUGUGUCUACAUCUGCGUGCCCUCCUAGAGCGGGAGCAGAAGCAACAUCAGCAUGCGGUGGAGCUGUACAGACGGGCACGACGAUAGUUGCUUGCUGCUACAAUGGUGGGGUGGUGUUGGGGGCAGAUUCGCGUACGUCUGCUGGAUCUUACGUGGUAAAUAGGGCUGCUCGGAAGAUAACGCGACUGAGCGAUCGGAUUUGUGUGUGUCGUAGUGGAAGCGCAGCAGACACGCAGGCAUUGGCCCAGAUUGCGCGACUCCAUCUCCAGCUGUAUGCGCAGGAACUCCCCAGAGAAUUCAACGGUGCAGCCCGUGUGCGCGUUGCCGCCCACCUGCUGCAGCGGAUUUCUUAUGAUUAUAAGGACGUCCUUACUGCUGGUUUAAUUGUUGCGGGGUGGGACCCUGUAGAGGGACCUCAGGCCUUCUCGAUCCCAAUUGGCGGCAGUUGCAUCCCAGUGGCCUAUACAGCUGGUGGUUCAGGUUCUGUCUUUAUCACUGCUUUCUUAGAUGAACACUACAGACCUAACAUGGGGAAAGAAGAGGCAACGCAGCUCGUAGCGAAGGCUGUAGCUCAUGCAAUCAACAGAGACGGCAGCUCAGGUGGCCUCAUUCGUAUUGUUACCAUUGAAAAAGAUGGGGUUGACGAACUCUGCAUCCAGGGCAAUAAUUUGCCUGUUAAUCCUUAA